AUGGCAGCCCAGUUGGCUGGAUCAUUGGAUGGAGGGAAUCGCUCGGUUGUGUCUGAGUUUGUGUUUCUGGGACUCACUCAUUCAUGGGAGAUCCAGCUUCUCCUCCUGGUGUUCUCCUCUGUGCUCUAUGUGGCAAGCAUGACUGGGAACAUCCUCAUUGUGUUCUCUGUGACCGUUGAUCCUCACUUGCAUUCCCCCAUGUACUUCCUACUGGCCAAUCUCUCUUUCAUUGACUUGGGAGCCUGCUCUGCCACCUCACCCAAGAUGAUUUAUGACCUUUUCAGAAAGCACAAAGUCAUCUCCUUUGGAGGCUGCAUCGCCCAGAUCUUCUUCAUCCACGUCAUUGGUGGUGUGGAGAUGGUGCUGCUCAUCGCCAUGGCCUUUGACAGAUAUGUUGCCAUCUGCAAGCCUCUCCACUACUUGACCAUCAUGAGCCCACGAAUGUGCGUUUUGUUUCUGGCUGCUGCCUGGGCCCUUGGUGUCAGUCACUCACUGUUCCAACUAGCAUUCAUUGUUAAUUUACCCUUCUGUGGUCCUAAUGUAUUGGACAGCUUUUACUGUGACCUUCCUCGGCUCCUCAGACUGGCCUGUACAGAUACCUACAGAUUGCAGUUCAUGGUCACUGUUAACAGUGGGUUUAUCUGUGUGGGUUCCUUCUUGAUACUCCUCAUCUCCUACGUCUUCAUCCUGUUUUCUGUUUGGAAACAUUCCUCUGGUGGCUCAUCCAAGGCCAUUUCCACCCUGUCAGCUCACAUCACUGUGGUCCUUUUGUUUUUCGGUCCAACCAUGUUUGUGUAUACAUGGCCACAUCCCAAUUCCCAAAUGGACAAAUUUCUUGCCCUGUCUGAUGCAGUCAUCACUCCUUUUCUGAAUCCAGUCAUCUACACGUUCAGGAAUAAAGAGAUGAAGGCAGCAGUGAAGAGAACUUUGAGACCAUUAAUGAUUUUUAGGAAGAUUUCAUAA